CACGGCGAUCACCGGACACAGCGGAUCACGGAAAGAGCAGAAGAUGUCGGCUCGGUCAUGUGAUCAGCUGUGUCCAAUCACAGCUGAUCACAUGGCACUGAUGAUCAGUGUGCCCUGAUGAUCAGUGUGGCCCCAGAAGUGCCACCUGUCAGUGCUCAUCAGUGCCAGUGCCCAUCAGUGCCACGUGCCAGUGCCCAUCAGUGCCACAUCAAUGCCACAUAUCAGUGCCCAUCUGACCUGCCUUUCAAUGUCACCCAUCAGUGCCAGUCAGUGCCACCUAUCAAUGCCAAUCAGUGCCACCUAUCAGUGCUGCCAAUCAGUGCCGUCUAUCAGUGCCAUUCAGUGUCGCCUAUCAGUGCCAGUCAG